UUGGUAUUAUUGUAGAUGACCUUAAAAUACUUAAGCAGUAAAUAAUCAGUGCGAUUAGUGUGUGUAAUGUAGAUAGGUCACGUAGUUUCUUGAUAUUUUUUCCAGUUUUGUGUUAAAAAUAAUAGUAAAAUGAAUGUGGUUUUCGUGGAUGAGAAUCGCGUGGAAUCCUUGCUGGAUUGGGAUUCGACGUUGGCAGCCGUUGAGGCUUCAAUGAGCAGAGUUUCUCAAGGGCGGGUAUUUCAAAAUCCUCGCACCUACACCACGGUUGAAAAAACCCAAACAAUGUUGUUAACAAUGCCUGGACACUUGGAGGAUAGCAAAUUCGGAGCUUUGGCAUGUAAAUUAGUUACAGUUGCCGAUGGCAAUGAAAAAUUACCGAAACCGAUGGCUAACAUUUUGGCAAACAUUGCUAUGUUCGAUGAAACUACAGGCGCUUUAAAAGCUAUUGUGGCUGCAACUGCAAUAACAACUUGGAGAACCGCAGCCGCUUCAGCCGUUGCCACAAAGUAUCUUCACGAUGGUAAACAGAAAACAGUUUUGGCUAUCUUAGGAGCCGGAGUUCAAGGCAAAAGCCACGCGCUCGCUUUCCAACAUUUCUUCAACUUCUCCGAAGUGAGAAUUUGGAAUCAUUCAGUUAAUAAAGCUAAAAAACUGGCGGAUGAUUUAAACUCCGAAUUGAAGAUGGACGUUUUCAAAUACGCUUCCAGCGCGCAAGAAUGCGUUGAAAAUGCUGAUGUCAUAGUAACGGCGACUUCAGCGCCUUCGCCGAUUCUGAAACGUGAUUGGCUUAAAGACGGUGUACACAUAAACGCUGUUGGAGCAAGCACCGGGUGUCAUUACUGCGAGUUGGAUGAAGACAUUUACAAAGAUGCUAAUAUUUACGUAGAUUAUUGGUCUGGAGCGAAUACUGAAUUGGCCGGUUUACUCGACAAAGGAUUUAAAUUUGAGUGCGAAGUUGGAGAUUUGGUUAAUGGUAAAACGCGGAACCCUCAUCCAUCGAAAGUAACGAUAUUUCAAAGUUUGGGAAUGGCCGUCGAGGAUUGCGCCAUGGCCCGCAUGAUUUACGAUAAACAUUGCAAAAAUUAA